GGGCGGGGGAGGGGGAGGAGGUGGCGCUGACGGCUGCUGCGUCGGGUCCUGUCCCGGGUAGCUCGGCGGCGGGCGCAGCGAUGCUGCAACUGCGGGACUCGGUGGACUCGGCAGGCACGAGCCCCACCGCGCUGCUGGCGGCCGGCGAGGAGGUCGGGCCGGGCGGUGGCGGCAGUGGCGGCGGCGGCGGUGGCGGGCGGCCGGGGGUGGGUACGCCGCUGCGACAGACGCUGUGGCCGCUCAGCAUCCACGAUCCCACGCGUCGCGCCCGCGUCAAGGAGUACUUCGUAUUCCGGCCCGGUACCAUCGAGCAGGCGGUGGAGGAGAUCCGCGUGGUCGUCCGGCCGGUGGAGGACGGCGACAUCCAGGGGGUGUGGCUGCUGACCGAGGUCGAUCAUUGGAACAACGAGAAGGAGAGGCUGGUGCUCAUCACCGACCAGUCGCUGCUCAUCUGCAAGUACGACUUCAUCAGCCUGCAGUGCCAGCAGGUGGUCAGGGUAGCCCUGAGCGCGGUGGACACCAUUUCCUACGGAGAAUUCCAGUUUCCGCCGAAAUCGCUCAACAAGCGAGAAGGUGUUGGGGUUCGCAUCCAGUGGGACAAGCAGAGCCGGCCUUCCUUCAUAAGCAGAUGGAACCCCUGGUCCACCAGCGUGCCCUACACCACGUUCACGGAGCACCCGAUGGCCGGUGUGGAUGAGAAGACGGCCUCUCUGUGCCAGCUGGAAGACUUCAAAGCACUGUUAAUCCAGGCCAUCAAAAAGGCCCAGAAGGAGAGCCCUUGGCCGGGCCAGGCCGGGGGCGUGCUGGUCCUGGAGCGCCCGCUCCUCAUCGAGACCUACGUGGGGCUCAUGUCCUUCAUUAGCAACGAGGCCAAGCUGGGCUACUCCAUGACCAGAGGCAGAAUCGGCUUCUAGACACCGGGCUGAUGGGACUGGGGAGGGCGCGGUCCGGCCUGCGGCUGCUCCCAUGCCCCUCACCCCUCGGGUCUGGGCGCGGUUGGCGUGACGAGUGAAUGGUAUUCCUGGGCCUCGGGUAACAUGAGCUGCAGACAUCGCAGAAGGAAUCGAGCUGUCACCUCCUGGCCCGUAUCCGUUUCCUAGAACCGGUUUGCUCCGUUGUUGCGUUGCUCCUGCCCUCUCCACCCGGCUUCCCGUGGUCCCUCCCGCCCCCGCCCCAGCGCAUUAAUAAUAAACGCUGUGAUUCCCCUCGAAAGUCCCAGGCAGCAGCAGCGGCAGCCGUGCAGAGCGCUGCGUCCAGGGGCUGCCUGAGCCCCAGUGCCUGUAUUGCAAGUAUGUUUACAGCUGGUGUCAGAUUUUGUAUUUGGAGAUUUCAUCCAUCUUCUUAAAGCUGAUAUGAAAGAAGCCAGCACGGCGGGCUCCAUAAGAGACCGUCUGCGGUGGCAGCUCCUGAAGAACAUUUGUUUUUGCGUAAAUGUUUGACCUAAAGUUGUGCUUUUCUUAAAAUCAAUCCACACUGUUAAUACGUAAGGCAUCUUUCCCACACCCAAAAAGCUUCGCAGAACGUGAGUAGUUUGCAGAAGUCACGUUGCUGAGUUCUUUGCACACGGUUUUGACAGCUUCGUGUAAGUUUGUGCUGUCACGUUUGUAUCUUGAGAGGGAAUCACUCGCUUUGCUUUUAAAGAACACCUUCAAAGCGGAAGCCACUGAGACCGCUGCCUCAGCUCCCGCUGCGACGCGGACACGAGCCCAUGGUCAGCUCGCCACCCCUGCCCAGCCAUGGCUGAGCGGCCUGACCAGACUGUGGGUUGAUGGUUUGAGGACUGGCUCCCGGCUGCUUCGGCCUCACCCGUGACUGGUGGAGCUGUGGUCAGUGGGGCUGUGACCCGUCCAGAUGAGAGGCUGUCCCUCGGCCCCGCCUGGGUCCUGAGCCUUGGCUUUGGUCUCACAGUGAAGAUGUUUAGGAGCAAGUGGGUGGUGUUCCUUUUCUAGUCAUUAAAAUGGGGCAGCGAUCAAGGAAGCUGCCAGUUAAAUGA